UCCUUUUCCUUAUCUAGAUGCUGCUAUAACCAUGGCCAAGGCUGCUCUCUCCUUCUGGUCUAUUUAAAUUAGAAGUCCAGCUGUCUGAUACGUAUAGCUGAUUCAAGUAAAAUAACAUUUUCUUUCGCUAUGUCUAGCGUAGCAAUAAACAUAGCUCAAAACUCGAUUCCGAGAGAUCACAUGCCAAAUACAAAGAUAGAUAGCAAGUUAUAUGAGUGUGUGAAGAAGGACAACAUUGAAGAAUUUGAAAGCCGCAUCCAGCAACGUUCAACAAAGCAGCUUGUGACUCCCUGUGGGAACUCAUUACUUCAUGUAGCUGUAAGCUAUGGAAGUGACAAUAUUACAUCUUAUCUGGCUCGAACGUUUCCUUCUCUAAUCACCAUCCAAAACAGCCAGAAGGACACAAUCCUUCAUCUUGCUGCCAGAGAAGGAAAGGCCAGUCAUACAAUUAAAUCUCUUGUGGAAUUGAAUCCGAGCUUGAUCAGGAAGAAAAAUACAAAGGGAAACACUCCUUUGCAUGAUGCAGUGAUCACCGAUAACAAAGAAGUUGCCAAACUCCUAGUGUCCAGCUAUCCAGAAGUGGCCUAUUACAACAACAAUAAUGGCAAGUCUCCUUUAUAUCUGGCAGUUGAGAACGGCAAUAAGAAAAAGAUACUUGAUGAUCUCUUGAAAACGGAAGUUUCGUUCCCUAUAAAAAGUGAAGAUGGUGAUGCCGUACCAAAAGGAAAGUCCCCUGUUCAUGCUGCCAUCAAGCAACGUAACAGAGAUAUUUUGGAGAAAAUUGAAAAGGAAAAGCCAGAGCUAUUACGUCUCACCGAGGAAGAGUUGGGAAAUUCACUGCAUUAUGCAUCAUCCAUAGGUUUUCUGGAAGGAGUUCGAUUCCUAUUAAAGAAGUUUCACGAUGGUGCUUAUGAAACAAACCUUGAAGGCAACUAUCCUAUCCAUCUAGCAUGCAAAAGUCAGUCUGUUGAUAUAGUGAAGGAAUUUCUUGAUAUGUUCCCAUAUCCAAAAGAAUUCCUCAAUAAGAAAGGGCAGAACAUUCUUCAUGUAGCGGCCAAAUAUGGAAAUGGCAAUGUGGUUAGGUAUAUACUCAAACAGGACCGGAAGCCCGACGCACCGCUGCUAAAUGCGAUAGAUGAGGAUGGAAAUACACCUUUGCAUUUGGCAGCAAGGUAUGGCCAUUGCAUGGCUACAUUUCUUCUUGUGAGUGACAAUCGCGUUGAACGUUUCAUUGUUAACAAUAGCAAUUGGACACCAUAUGAGUUGGCUGAAGAAUUUUCCGAAAGAACUGAAGAGAUAUACAUAAAAACAGAUGAAAUGCGUGCCAAGGAACGAAGGCAGUUUGAUUCAAAGAACACUACCCCUGCGCCCGAGAUCAAGGUAUUUACGUUUAUGAUUAUGAUAAGAGUUGCAUGGUUUUUGUUUUGGUUGAUCACAUACAUGUAUGAAGUGGAAGUUCAAAAUCUUGCUUAUGUGCAGGGGAUGAUAAGCAAGGCAGAACGCCUCCGUCUAGAGGUAAAGGAGAAAAGAGAGAGGGAGAUGAGAAACCAGAUUAUCAACAAAGCUGAAGAGUAUAUACGGGCUUUAUAUGAGAAAAGGCAGCAGAAUUGUGAAACUAACAAAGCUCAGAACAGAGAAAGAGAGGGUAAAAUUUAUGUUAAACAUAUGGAUGUGCUUUCUGUUGUGCAUUCUGGACCGAAAGCAAACACAAAUAAAACACAAACAACAGAUUUACGUGGUUCCCCAAAAUCGGGUACGUCCAUGGAGGCAGCAGAUUGUAUAUUAUUGGAGGAAUGA